GAAGUAAAAAAAAACACUAAAUGGGAGGCGCCGCGUGACUAUAUUUAAGAAGGGAUGUUAUUAAGAAACGGCGAUUUCUUGCUUCGUAGCCUUUUUGACUCUUCUUCCUCCGAAAACUUUUUUACUCUCUCUCUCUCUCUCUCUCUCUCUAUAUCUCUUCUUCUUCUCCUUCUCCGGCAACUAAAGAGAAAUGAAAAGCCGAGUGAGAAAAGCUAAGUAUACGGUUCACCGGAAAACCACCUCCGUUCCGUUCGAUGGUUUCCCAAAGGUUGUGAAAAUCAUCGUCACUGACCCAUGUGCUACUGAUUCUUCCAGCGAUGAGGAAAACGACAACAAAUCUGUUGCUCCGAGGGUCAAACGUUAUGUGGAAGAGAUUAGGUUCGGUGAAGACGACGAUGAACCUAAACCGGCGAGGAAAUCGAGGAAUAAAACAGCCACGGCGGCGGCGGUGGUGAACGGUGGUGAUUUGGUGAAGCCUGUGGUGAAGUAUAGAGGAGUGAGACAACGACCUUGGGGAAAAUUCGCGGCGGAGAUUCGUGAUCCUUCCAGUCGUACUCGACUCUGGCUUGGGACUUUCGCCACGGCGGAGGAAGCUGCUAUAGGUUACGAUAGAGCAGCGAUUCGACUCAAAGGACAUAACGCUCAGACGAAUUUUCUCACUCCUCCUCCUAGUCCGACGACUGAGGUGUUGCCGGAAACUCCGGUGAUUGAUCUUGAAACGGUCUCUGGUUGUGAUUCGGCGAGAGAUUCACAAAUCAGUCUGUCUUCUCCGACUUCUGUUCUCCGGUUUAGUCACAACGACGAAACAGAGUACAGAACAGAGCCAAAGGAAGAACAAACUCCGGUCUCGGAUCCGUUUUUCUUGCCUGACUUAUUUCGCGCCGGAGAUUAUUUUUGGGAUUCCGAAAUUACCCCUGAUCCUUUGUUUCUAGACGAAAUCCACCAGUCGUUGUUACCAAACAACAACAACAACACUGUGUCUGAUAAAGAAACGAAUCUGUCCGAGAGUUUUCCGUUGGGAGUGAUCGGCGAUUUCAGCUCAUGGGACGUUGAUGAGUUUUUCCAAGAUCAUUUGUUGGAUAAGUAAUUGAGUUUAAAAGUUGGUUCUUCCUCAUAAAUUUUCUGGGUUUCUUUUUUUUUGGUUGUGUGAGUGAGAUGAGUGGUUUGAUGACAACGACGGGAUGCAUCUUAGCCGUCCGUUUUCCCUUUCGUGGACGGCUCCGAUCAGCGGAAGAAGCGCAACGGAGUUUUUUUAUUUAUCUAUUGGAGAAUUUUUAAAUUUAAUUUCCGAGUAAAUAUAGUAAUUAGUGUUAAGAUUGUGAGAGUUUAAAUUAUUAGGGGGGUUUUGAAUUGGGGAUUUUGGGAGGUUUUUGUUGUUUGGUUUCUCUCCGAGUCUGUCACAAUGCAAGGACGCAGUAUAUAGAAUAGACCGUAUAUAUAUUUAUUAUUAUUGGUAAAAGUAUUUAUUUAGUGCAAAUCUUUGUCUUUUGUUUCCUUCGCAUGAAUCUCUCUAGCAAGUGGGGUUUAUGUGACUUGUCAUUUUAUUUGAAUUUUCUUGUACAUAUAAACAUCAAAUCAAAUUUUU